CGGAGCGCGGAAGAGGCCGAGCAGCUGCCGCCUGAGAGCCGCCCCGUCGCCCGUCUCGGCCGCUCGGAGGCAAGGCGGCGAAGAUGGUGGUCCUCCGCAGCAGCCUGGAGCUGCACAGUCCCUCCGCCGCCUCGGCCAGAGACGCCCUGGACCUGUCCAGCGAGUUCCUCAGCCUGGAGCAGAUGGGUCGCAGGCGGCUCCGCUCGGCCGGCGCGGCUGAGAAGUCGGCCGUCACCGCGGCAGCCGCGGGCGAUGGGUCUUCGGUUAAGGAAGUGAAAACCUACCACCAGACGCGCACUUUAAAGCCUUUGAGAAAAAAUGCACAGAAUUCUUCAGAUUCUAGUUUUGAUAAGAAUAUGGAAAUAAUGGAGAAACAUGCUAAUGGCAGGCAUUUUACAAGGCAGUUGGCCAGACAGCAGGCUGAUAAAAAAAAAGAAGAGUGCCAGGAAGACAAAGUGAUUCCAGUUACUCGGUCACUGAGGACUAGAAAUAUCAUUCAAACUUCAGAACAUGUGCGUGAAGAGAAUGGUGAUGUUGAAGUUCGCCGAAGUUGUAGGAUUAGAAGUCGUUACAGUACGGUGAACCAGUCCGUGCUAUUUGACAAACUUAUAACAAACACCGCUGAAGCUGUACUUCAAAAAAUGGAUGACAUGAAGAAGAUGCGUAGACAGCGAAUGAGAGAACUUGAAGACUUGGGAGUGUUUAAUGAAGCUGAAGAAGGGAAUCUUAAUAUGUAUACAAGAGGGAAACAAAAACGUAUCCAAAGAACUGAUGAAGAAACAACUGAUAAUCAAGAAGGCAGUGUGGAAUCUUCUGAAGAGGGUGAAGACCAAGAAGAUGAAGAUGAUGGUGAAGAUGAUGAUGAAGAUGAAGAAGAAGAUGAUGAAGAAGAUGGAGAAGAAGAUAAUCAGAAACGAUAUUAUCUUCGACAGAGAAAAGCUACUGUUUACUACCAGGCUCCAUUGGAAAAACCUCGUCAUCAGAGAAAGCCCAAUAUAUUUUAUAGUGGCCCAGCUUCUCCUGCAAGACCAAGAUACCGAUUGUCUUCUGCGGGACCAAGAAGUCCUUAUUGUAAACGAAUAAACAGACGAAGGCAUGCAAUUCACAGUAGUGACUCUACUUCAUCUUCCUCUUCUGAAGAUGAACAGCAAUUUGAGAGGCGAAGGAAGAGGAGCCGUAAUAGAGCUAUCAGCAGGUGCCUCCCACUUAACUUUCGGAAAGAUGAGUUAAAAGGAAUUUAUAAAGAUCGAAUGAAAAUUGGAGCAAGCCUUGCUGAUGUUGAUCCAAUGCAACUAGAUUCUUCCGUACGAUUUGAUAGUGUUGGUGGCCUGUCUAAUCAUAUUGCGGCUCUGAAAGAGAUGGUGGUUUUUCCAUUACUUUACCCGGAAGUCUUUGAAAAGUUUAAAAUUCAGCCUCCAAGAGGUUGUUUGUUUUAUGGUCCUCCUGGAACUGGAAAAACCCUGGUUGCUAGAGCCCUUGCCAAUGAGUGCAGCCAAGGGGAAAAAAGAGCAGCAUUUUUCAUGAGGAAAGGUGCCGACUGUCUGAGUAAAUGGGUAGGGGAAUCUGAAAGGCAGCUACGAUUGCUAUUUGACCAGGCCUAUCAGAUGCGCCCAUCAAUUAUUUUCUUUGAUGAAAUCGAUGGUCUGGCUCCGGUACGAUCAAGCAGACAAGAUCAAAUUCACAGUUCUAUUGUUUCCACCCUGCUAGCUCUUAUGGAUGGAUUGGACAGCAGAGGAGAAAUUGUGGUCAUUGGUGCUACCAACAGACUCGAUUCUAUAGAUCCUGCUUUACGAAGGCCUGGUCGCUUUGACAGAGAGUUUCUUUUUAGCCUACCUGAUAAAGAGGCUCGAAAAGAAAUUCUAAAAAUUCAUACAAGAGAUUGGAAUCCUAAACCACUGGACAUGUUUCUAGAAGAGCUAGCAGAAAACUGUGUUGGAUACUGUGGUGCAGAUAUUAAGUCGAUAUGUGCUGAAGCAGCUUUAUGUGCUCUCCGUCGACGCUACCCACAGAUCUACACCACUAGUGAGAAACUACAGUUGAAUCUCUCUUCGAUUAAUAUCUCAGCUAAGGAUUUUGAGGUAGCUAUGCAGAAGAUGAUCCCAGCCUCCCAAAGAGCUGUAACAUCACCUGGGCAGGCACUGUCCACCAUUGUGAAACCACUCCUGCAAAGCACCGUUCAUAAGAUCUUGGAAGCCCUGCAGAGAGUCUUUCCACAUGCAGAAAUUGGAACACAUAAAGCAUUAGACUCGGAUAUUUCUUAUCCUCUGCUAGAAAGUGACUUGGUAUAUAGUGAUGAUGAUGUCCCAUCGGUAUAUGAAAAUGGACUUUCUCAGAAAUCGUUUCAUAAGACAAAAGAAAAUUUUAAUUUUCUUCAUUUGAAUAGAAAUGCCUGUCACCAGCCUAUGUCUUUUCGUCCGAGGAUAUUGAUAGUAGGAGAGCCAGGAUUUGGGCAGGGCUCUCACUUGGCACCAGCUGUCAUCCACGCUUUAGAAAAAUUUACAGUGUAUACAUUAGACAUUCCUGUUCUUUUUGGAGUCAGUGCUACAUCUCCUGAAGAAACAUGUGCCCAGAUGAUUCGUGAAGCUAAGAGAACAGCACCGAGUAUAGUGUAUGUCCCACAUGUUCACUUGUGGUGGGAAAUCGUUGGACCAACAGUCAGAGCCACGUUUACCACAUUGUUACAGAAUAUUCCUUCAUUUGCUCCAGUUUUACUACUUGCAACUUCAGACAAACCCCAUUCUGCUCUACCAGAAGAGGUGCAAGAGUUAUUUAUCCAUAGUUAUGGAGAAAUUUUUUAUGUCCAAUUACCUGGUGAAGAAGAACGAACAAAAUUUUUUGAAGACUUAAUUCUAAAACAAGCUGCUAAGCCUCCUAUAUCAAAGAAGAAAGCAGUUUUACAGGCCUUGGAGGUACUCCCAGUAGCACCACCACCUGAACCAAGGCCACUGACAGUAGAAGAAUUGAAACGGCUAGAAGAACAAGAAGAAGAUACAUUUAGAGAACUGAGGAUUUUCUUAAGAAAUGUUACACAUAGGCUUGCUAUUGACAAGCGAUUCCGAGUAUUUACAAAGCCUGUUGACCCUGAUGAGGUUCCUGAUUAUGUCACUGUAAUAAAGCAGCCAAUGGACCUUUCCUCUGUAAUCAGUAAAAUUGAUCUACACAAGUAUCUGACUGUGAAAGACUAUCUGAGUGAUAUUGAUCUAAUCUGUAGUAAUGCUCUAGAAUACAAUCCAGACCGAGAUCCUGGAGAUCGUCUUAUUAGGCAUAGAGCCUGUGCUUUAAGAGAUACUGCCUAUGCAAUAAUUAAAGAAGAACUUGAUGAAGACUUUGAACGGCUUUGUGAAGAAAUUCAGGAAUCUAGAAAGAAGAGAGGUUGUAGCUCUUCCAAAUAUGCCCCGUCUUACUACCAUGUGAUGCCAAAGCCAAACUCCACUCCCACUGGUGAGAGGAAAUCAGACCCAGAGCAGAACGAAAAGCUAAAGGUGUCCGGCCCGCCUGUGUCUUGCAGCACACCUGCUCAAUUGAAGAGAAAAAUUCGCAAAAAGUCUAAGUGGCACUCAGGUACCAUAACGAAACGAAGGAAGAUUUCACAAGCAAAAGAUGAUAGCCAAAAUGCAGGGGAUGACAAGAUUGAGAGUGAUACAGAGGAAAAUCAAGAUACAAGCGUAGACCCUAAUGAGACUGGAAACACAGGAGAUUCUUCAGUGGAAGAAAAUGAGAAGCAGCAAAAUGCCUCUGAAAGCAAGAUGAAGUUGGGAAAUACUAGCUCUAGUAAUUGUAGUAUUGAGAAUGAACUGGAAGAAUCUAGGAAGAGUAUGACGUGUACAGAAUUGAGAAAAGAUAACACUGCUUGCAGUGGAGAUACUUCUGGCUCUCAGAUAAUAGAUAAUUUGGAUGAAAAUGAAGUAAACGAAAUGUGUGUUCUGCGAAUGACUCGAGCUAGACGUUCCCAAGUAGAGCAACAGCAGCUCAUCAGUGCUGAAAAGGCCUUGGCGAUUCUUUCUCAGCCCACACCCUCGCUUGUUGUGGACCAUGAGCGAUUGAAAAAUCUUUUGAAGACUGUUGUUCAAAAAAGUCAAAAAUACAAUAUAUUUCAGUUGGAAAAUUUGUAUGCAGUAAUCAGCCAGUGUAUUUAUCAGCAUCGCAGGGACUAUGACAAGACAAUGCUUAUUCAGAAAAUGGAGCAAGAAGUAAAAAACUUCAGUUGUGCCAGACCAUGACGUCUUCAUGUUGUCUCAUGUUCUCUCUGUUCAUUUCCUAUUUAAUUCACUUUUGAUGAAAUCGUACGUCUUUGAGGAAGAGAUUAAAAUAGUAAGAUAAAAGUAUUUAAACUGUCCUGGUAUUUAUGUACAUGUGUAAGAUAAAUUGCAGAGAUAACUGAUAAAUAUUGGAAGUUUAAGCAAGGCAUUGUAGUAAUAUCAGUGCUGUGGCAAGUCAGUAGCUGAAGUAUGGCCAUCUCUUAAUAAAGUUGUUUUAAUAACUAAUAUUUUAUGAUAGAAAAAAAAUUUUUUUUUUAAGAGUAAUUUGUGCUGUUGAUUUUUUUUGUUUCUUUUAAGCACUUUUAAUUUUAUCCUUCCUAAAAGUAGUUUAUUGAAUCAGACUAGAAGCUUACUUAACUGUUAUCUUUGCCUUCUUUUCCAUCAUCUUUUGUUUUUGUUUUUUUAAUGCCUUUCUCCCACAUUCACUUAAGAGUCAGUGUUCAAUUCAUGAUUUGUGGGAGGGCCCUUGAACAACUUCUGGCUACACCAAAAUUCUGUACUGGAGCAUCAAAAUGAAUCCUUUUUAGAUAAACAUUUUGUAAUUCUAAUUUGUGUUAAUAAAGACUUUAAAUAUUUUUCUGUUUACUUUUAUGACUAUAUCCAUAACAAAUGUAUUAAUAAUAACUACCUUGUUAAACAUCUUUUUAGUAGCACAAAGUUUUGAUAUUUGAGAACUGCUUACCUCCUUCUAAAUUUGUAUAUAGGCUGUAUCCUACAAAUACCUUUUAUAUGCAAUUGUAUAAAUAUAAAUAUUAUAAAUUUUGUAUUAAUGAUACCAAAAAUACAUUUCUUUUUUAAAGUAAUAAAAGCAUUCACCACUAUGCUUCUUUUUAAAAAGACAUUCUAAUACUAGUUUCUAAAACAGCCUCUAUUGGAAACCUUUUUCAAGAGGAAUGGGGUUGAUAAUCUAAGUGAGACAUUCUGGGACUCUUUAGAACAAUUUUGAAUCGAGCCACCUUUGUUCCUGAUUUAUCUGGAUAUUGUAUUUAAAGUCUUCUAAAAGCCAAUCACUUAGUAUCAACUUUAGUAGAUACUUCUUAUGUAAUGUAACACAAUCAUCAUAAAGCAUUGCCAGUCACUGAAAACACUUAAAUGUGUGUGUAUUUCUUGGUAUAAAUACUUCUAUUGAAGUUUAUUAUAACUUAUUCUUACAGAUGCAUCUGUUAUAACUAGGAUUUCAUUUUGUAUGUAUACCUUGUAUAAUAAACUCUAAAGAUGAAAAUUCCAUCUCAAUUUUCUUUCUAUUUCUUUAAUAUUUGAAAACAUCCUAAAGAUAAUUCUGUGAGUACAAGAGUGCAAAAUCUGUUCCUUCAUAUAUUACCAUGUGUAAUUAAAGAUGCUGACGUUGGGAUGUUUAUAUGGUACAUAAUCUUCAGCUGCAAAGACUAUCUUUCUUCCUGACCUUUCAGGACACAUUGUCUACAGAUUCAGGAAAUGCCAUACCUAUACACCUAUGUAGACUUUCAAAACUGCUGAAACUACAGGCCCAGAAUAUUUUUCUUAAUUUUUGCUCAAAAGUACUCUUUUCUUUUUUCUUGGGUACUUUGUAUCCCUCUAUAUUAGCAGGUGUCUUAGUCAUCUAUUGCUCCUAUAACAGAAAGUACCACAAGUGGAUGACUUAAACAAACGAAUUUAUUUUCUCACAGUCUAGUAGGCUAGAAGUCCAAAUUCAGGGCAUCAGCUCCAAGGAAAGGCUUUCUCUCUCUGUUAGCUUUGGAGGAAGGUCCUCAUCAACCUUCCCCUGAACUAGGAGCUUCUCCGUGCAGGAACCCUGAGUCCAGAGGAUAUGCUUGGCACCCAGCACUACUUUCUUGGUGGUAUGAGGUCCCUCUGUUUCUCUGCUCACUUCUCUCUUUUGUAUCUCAAAAGAGAUUGGCCCAAGGCACAAUUUAGUCUUGUAGAAUGAGUCCUGCCUCAUUAACCUAAUUGCCACCUAUCCCGCCUCAUGAAUAUCGUAGAGGUAAGAUUUACAACACAUCGAAAAAUCACCAUCAAUCACAAAGUGAAGGACAACCACACAAUACUGGGAAUCAUGGCCUAACCAAGUUGACACAUAUUUUGGGGGGACACAAUUCAAUCCAUGACACCAGGUGAUGAGGCAUUGGUGACUCCGUGGUAGAAUUCUCACCUUCCGAGCAGGAGACGCGGUUUAAUUGCUCUCCGGUACACCUCGUGCACAGCCACUACUUGUCUUUCAGUGGUGGAUAGCACGAUGCUAUGAUGCUGAGCAGGUUUCAGCAGAGCCUCCAGACCAAGAUGGACUGGAGAGAAAAGCCUGGCAAUCUCCUUCCAAAAGUCAGCCAGUGAAAACCCUAUGAAUCACAACAGUCCGAUCCACAACACAUCAUGUAGGUGGUGCAGUGUUCCAUCGUACAUGGGGUCGCCAUGAACCAAUGCCUGACUUGAUGGCAG